CGUAUCCGGACAGUUCCGCCGCACCGCAAAAGAAGAGCCGUGAAGGACCAACAAGAACAAUGUUGCGCCAGACUCUCCGGAAGCAUGUUGGGCAAUUGGGCUCCCGCCGCGCACUUAGCACAAUUGGAUUGAGCCCGUCUGAGGUGGAGACCCCACUCCCUGUCGUCAACCUUGUCGUUGAGGAGACCCCCAUGGACGAUGACGAAUUGGGUCGCAAACUCAAGCCGAAAGAGGUCGUGGACCAGCUGGACAAGUAUAUUGUGGGGCAGAAAGACGCGAAAAAGGCAGUGGCUGUUGCCUUGCGCAACCGAUGGCGCCGCCAACAGCUUCCAGACGAUCUACGCCCUGAAGUGAGUCCCAAGAACAUUCUUAUGAUCGGCCCAACGGGAUGCGGGAAAACGGAGAUUGCGCGCCGCUUAGCCAAGCUGGCCCAGGCGCCGUUUGUCAAAGUUGAAGCGACAAAAUUCACGGAAGUGGGUUUCCAUGGUCGUGACGUAGACCAAAUCAUCAAGGACUUGUUGGAGAACUCGAUCCAGUUGGUCAAGAAGCACCGGAUGGAGCGCGUACGCAAGGACAUUGCGGGAGUCGUAGAGCAACGAAUCAUUGACGCAUUGGCAGGACAACACACUGGUGCGCAAUCGCGUCAGACUUUCCUGAAACUGCUUCGGGAUGGGGAACUCGAUGAGCGCAUGAUUACGGUGGACGUGCGCAGUUCCAACAACCCGAACAGCAUUGGGGCGAUCUCGAUUGACCCAUCCGGCAAAGUCAACUCGAACAACUCGACCGUGAACGAUCUGAUGAAGGUCAUAUCGGGCGGUAAGAAGAUGGAAAAGAAACAAAUGACAGUCGCGGACGCGCGGCCGAUUCUCGAAGAAAUGGAGCUAGAAAACGCCAUCGACAUGGGCGAUGUCGUGAAGGAAGCCAUUUCUGAAGCGGAGGAGAACGGCAUUGUUUUCAUCGAUGAAAUCGAUAAGAUUUGCUCGUCCGGAGCGUACCGCGGCGCUGACGCCAGCGACGAAGGCGUCCAGCGCGACCUCUUGCCCCUCAUUGAAGGCAGCACGAUCUCCACCAAGCACGGAAACGUGAACACGGACCAUAUUUUGUUCAUCGGGUCUGGCGCGUUCCACUCGGUGAAGCCUUCCAACUUGCUUGCGGAACUUCAGGGACGUCUGCCUAUUCGCGUCGAGUUGAAGGCGCUGACGGAGCAAGAUUUGUGGCGUAUCUUGACGGAGCCCGUGGCCAACUUGAUUGUUCAGCAAAAGGCGUUGCUGGCGACGGAAAACGUGAAUUUGAAUUUCGAAGAAGAUGCGAUCAAGGAAGUGGCCCGCGUAGCGUAUGAAAUCAACCACACGGUUGAGAACAUUGGCGCGCGCCGACUGCACACGGUCUUGGAAAAAGUUGUCGAAGACAUUUCGUUUGAGGCUUCCGAUUACCCUGAAGGCCACGUGCUCACGAUCACCAAGGAGAUUGUGCACGACCGAGUUGGGGCCAUGCUCAAGAAGUCGGACCUGUCCAAGUUUAUCUUGUAAGCUCUGGAUAAUCCACGCUAAGGUACACCUCGACUUAAACGAUUCUCUUUUAAUUCAAAACCUUUGUAAAUGGA